AUGGGCUGGGUUGACCAGGUUCCCGGCGCCGGCAAGCUCUACAUUGGAGGACUCUACGGCCUCUAUCAGACGGACCUUAUCAGCGCUGCGGGAAUAACGCAUGUUCUCUCCGCCAUUGACUACGAUCCGUUGUUACAACAACACUUCUCGCAUCUGAAGCAUUUCCAUGUGCGCGUUGAUGACGACCCCAACCAGGAUUUGCUGCAGUAUUUUGACGCCGGAAGUCGAUACAUCGACGAGGGGAUUAGCAGCGGUGGCGGAGUGUUUGUGCAUUGUGCUAUGGGUAAGAGUCGGAGUGCGACGUUCGUGGUGGCAUAUCUGAUGUGGAAGUGCGGCGUCACUUGGGAGAGAGGGUUGGACAUGUUAUGUAAAGGGCGGCCGGUGUGUGACCCGAAUGUGGGAUUUAAGGAGCAGCUGGGGGUGUGGCAAGAGAUGCUGAUGGUUGGGCGCAAGGAACGGAGAGAGGCAAUCUACAAGAGGUGGUUGGAAGAGAGGUUUACCGGAGAACCGUGGGAGUGGGAGGAGAGA